GGCGAGGAGUGAUUGGAGGACAUUACAAAUAAAUAGACAGGUGUUUGUGAUCUAACUGAAAUGGUAGAGAAGAUGACAGUGCACACACAAAUAUUGGACAGAGAUUCUGCAACUGACGUUAUGGAUAUUGAUGGUGUGGAUAGUGCUGCAGGAUGCAAGCAAAAAAAAACUGAACAAGCUGUAUCUCCUGGUGAUAUUGAUAGUGAAAGUGAACAAGCGGAGAGUUACACGUUUGCAUCACAGCAUAAUGAUCAGGAAGAGAUAUUCGACAUGGAAAGACUGCAAGAACUGCGAGAUAGCUCACUAGGAGAAGCAACUAAGUGGAUUGAAGAUGGAUUGAAAUAUGCACACCGCCUCUCAGAGACAGGGAAUGUGAAAGUAUUGGAGCUACGAAAAGAAAUGCGACGUAUGCAACGCGAGUUUGAAAAGUUAGCACAAGCAAGUAGGACUCAGACAGCUACGACAGAUUUCUUUCUUACUAAGCCUAAGCCUAAGAAAACAAAUGAAUAA